AGUUCAUUAGCGCUGGUAAGAGUAUCUUCCAUAAAAUUUCAGGCAUUCUAAGGGAAAUUUAAUAAAACGAAGGGUUAUACAGGUGGUCGUCAAAUCUAUACAGUGGGCUACGAUUUUGUUUAAAGCGAUUGAUCAGAAGAGCGUGGGGAAAGAAGGAAGAAGAAGAUCUCAAUCAAAAAAUGGGUUUCGUGGAUAAGCUGAAGGUGUUCAUCAUCAAGGAGCCUGUUGUUGUUGCUUCCUGCGUCAUUGGAGGCGUUGGGUUAUUUCUUCCAGCAUUUGUUAGGCCUAUCUUGGAUUCUAUGGAAACAGCAAAGGCAGUUCCACAUCCAGGUCUAAAUGAGGUUGUUGCAGGCAUGACAGGGAAAAAAACAUGAACAAGAUAUUUAAUCCAAGAAUAUUGCUACAAUUAGCUGGAGUCUAGUUAUAAUUGUAGGAAAAAUGUACUGCUUUAAGACAAAUAUUUUCACAGAAUUUAUGUAAUGCCGUUGAACAUUGAAAUAAGUCAUGAUCCAUCUGUUUUAGUUUGCUUUA